AUGUCUCAGAAGGCGAAAGGGGUUUAUAAAUCUGGGGCUUUUGAGCGCAAGGGCUGUCCCAGGAGCGAGGUGAGGGAUAAAAAGGCGAUUGGAGAGAAACGUCGUUCAGAGGGUGAUCGACAUAUGGUGCGCGCAGAUGGGGAGGCCGAGGGGGACGGCCGGAACUCCUCAGAGAUGCCGGAGACCAUUACCAGCCGAGAUGCUGCUCGUUUUCCCAUUGUUGCCAGUUGCACCCUUCUGGGGCUCUACCUCUUCUUUAAAAUAUUCUCUCAAGAGUACAUCAAUCUUCUGCUUUCCAUGUAUUUCUUCGUGCUGGGGAUCCUAGCCCUGUCCCACACCAUCAGCCCCAUGAUGAACAGAUUCUUCCCUGCAAAUUUCCCCAACAAACAGUACCAGCUCCUCUUCACCCAGGGCUCCGGGGAGAGCAAGGAGGAAAUAGUGAAUUACGAGUUUGACACCAAGGAUCUCGUAUGCCUGGCCCUGAGCAGCGUUGUGGGGGUCUGGUACCUGCUGAGAAAGCACUGGAUUGCCAACAAUCUCUUUGGGCUGGCGUUCUCCCUCAACGGGGUGGAGCUGCUGCACUUGAACAACGUCAGCACUGGCUGCAUCUUGCUCGGGGGCCUCUUCAUCUACGACGUCUUCUGGGUCUUCGGCACCAAUGUGAUGGUGACAGUUGCCAAAUCGUUCGAGGCCCCGAUAAAACUGGUUUUCCCUCAGGACCUGCUGGAGAAGGGGCUGGAGGCCGACAACUUUGCCAUGCUGGGUCUGGGAGACAUUGUCAUUCCAGGGAUCUUCAUUGCCUUGCUGCUGCGGUUUGACAUCAGCUUGAAGAAGAACACGCACACGUAUUUCUACACCAGCUUUGUGGCCUACAUCUUCGGGCUGGGCCUGACCAUAUUCAUCAUGCACAUCUUCAAGCACGCCCAGCCUGCUCUUCUGUACCUGGUCCCUGCAUGCAUCGGAUUCCCGCUUCUUGUGGCCUUGGCAAAGGGAGAAGUAACUGAAAUGUUCAGCUACGAGGAGAGCUCUACCCCCAAGGAGGUGCCGGGGGCCUCCAAAGAAGAGACGACAGAAGCUGCCAAGAAGGAAAAGUGACCUUGCCCACAGGCCGUGCCCAGCGGCGCUGGGCUGGGGCCCUUCCAGACCCUCCGCAAGUGACAGACGACGAAACAAUUGUGCAAGAGCAUCGUGUUGUGUGUGUCGGAGCAGCCACCCAGGUGGGGUAUCGAUGUACGCCGCAUAGCCACCCCCCCGCCGGCCCCCCGGGGCCGCGCCGCCGCCCCCCCGCCUGUUUAUCUCCUG